GACGCCGCGUCCCGAGCGGCCGGCGGCCGGAGCUCGCCCCCGCCCCUCCCUCCUCUCCUCCGGCGGCGGCGGCGGCGGCGGCGGCGGCGGGCGGAGUGAGCUGCGGAGCCUGGAAUAUGGUCGGGGAAAUGGAAACGAAGGAGAAGCCGAAGCCCACCCCAGAUUACUUGAUGCAGCUGAUGAACGACAAGAAGCUCAUGAGCAGCCUGCCCAACUUCUGCGGGAUCUUCAACCACCUCGAGCGGCUGCUGGACGAAGAAAUUAGCAGAGUACGGAAAGACAUGUACAAUGACACAUUAAAUGGCAGUACAGAGAAAAGGAGUGCAGAAUUGCCUGAUGCCGUGGGACCUAUUGUUCAGUUACAAGAGAAACUUUAUGUGCCUGUAAAAGAAUACCCAGAUUUUAAUUUUGUUGGGAGAAUCCUUGGACCUAGAGGACUUACAGCUAAACAACUUGAAGCAGAAACAGGAUGUAAAAUCAUGGUCCGAGGCAAAGGCUCCAUGAGGGAUAAAAAGAAGGAGGAGCAAAACAGAGGCAAGCCCAAUUGGGAGCAUCUAAAUGAAGAUUUACAUGUACUUAUCACUGUGGAAGAUGCUCAGAACAGAGCAGAGAUCAAGCUGAAGAGAGCAGUUGAAGAAGUGAAGAAGUUACUGGUACCUGCAGCCGAAGGAGAAGACAGCCUGAAGAAGAUGCAGCUGAUGGAGCUUGCAAUUCUGAAUGGCACCUACAGAGAUGCCAACAUUAAAUCACCAGCCCUUGCCUUUUCUCUUGCAGCAACUGCCCAGGCUGCUCCAAGGAUCAUCACUGGGCCUGCGCCUGUCCUCCCACCAGCUGCUCUGCGUACACCUACGCCAGCUGGUCCUACCAUAAUGCCUUUGAUCAGACAAAUACAGACCGCUGUCAUGCCAAACGGAACUCCUCACCCAACUGCUGCAAUAGUCCCUCCGGGGCCUGAAGCUGGGUUAAUCUACACACCCUAUGAAUACCCCUACACGUUGGCACCAGCUACAUCAAUCCUUGAGUACCCUAUUGAACCCAGUGGUGUGUUAGAGUGGAUUGAAAUGCCAGUCAUGCCUGAUAUUUCAGCCCAUUGACUUGCUGGAUGAAGGACUAGAAUACAGCAGCUGUUAUAACACGACCAGUCAAUGUGGAAAAAAACAAAAACAAACUGUUUCUGUGCAACCCCACUGUUUUACCAGUCAGAAUUUUGAAACUUUUUUUUUCCAUGAAUUGUGUAUGACCUUUGGUGCUGCGUGCUUGCUAUUGACUUUUUAGGACUUUGAUCUUUUAAAGGGCUCCCCUCAGCUUAAUAUUAAUUGGAAUAUCUUUAAUGAACUUGGACACAAAGAUUUAAACUUGAAAAUUCAUUGUUCAUUUAAAGAAAGCCACAAUGCUUUGUAUGUUAUCUGUGUGUGUGCAUGCACAUAGGUGCCUUUUGUUUUACAAAUACAUUUUAUUGUAAUGUUUUCUGUCUGAAUCAUUGUAUAAAAUAAGUCAGAAUUAUACCACAGAAAUGUUAGUGAGAGGCUGUGUUCUGUUGCACAUUUCUUGAAGCAUUUUUUUUAAAUAACAUGUAACCUGUAACCUUUUUUAAGUUUUCCUUUCCAUUAAUACUCUGUCCUGUGGCCUUGUGCAUGCUCCUUCCCCAGAACUCCUCUCUGCUGCACUCACAGCAUCUGUUCCUGAGGAGUUAUGACUCUUGGCUUUCUGCAAGUCUGGGGCUCCUGACUCUUAGUACAGGAGCUCUCUAGUUUUGCCAGAUAGAAUUCUAUUUCUGUGCAAUCUGCAUAUCUAAAAUGAAAAACAGAUUCUCAACCAGUUUACUGCUUAGAGACAGCAAGAGGCACUGCUGUAAAAUUUCUCAUUGUAAGUUUGGUUUGGUUGGGACAUUUAUAAUUAUGAACACUUGAAUAUUAAAUAAACCAGCAAAAGUAAGAGCAAAAUAUGCAGAUGCCCAAUUAGCAUUUUCAAAGUUCUUAAUAAUAAGUACUAAGUGAGAAAAAUACUCAUGAUUAUUGUUAUUUCUUGCUUUACCACCUAAGCAGUAAAACUAUGAUAUCGGCCCUCUGGAGAACUGAGGAAAUUACUUUAAAUUCCCAAUUUACAGUAAAUUUGCACACAGAUAACAUGCAUGCUUAUGUAUCAAGUCUCACAUUAUUUUAAACUAAGCAGUGCCCUUCAAAACAGAUGCAGACAUGUGUGUUGGUGGUAGUGAGGAGAUUGGUGUUAGCAUCAAAUCUUCAUUGAUGACUAAUGUUUAAUUCCCUUCCUUUUAUCUUUAGGUAUGGCUUUCCCAACGAAAGGCUAAGAAUUCAAGAACGGUCUUAACCGAACCCUCAUCAGAUCUGAAUUUAACCAAUGCUUAGUCUCAGCAGCCUCCGGGGAAAAGCUUAGCCUAGCAGUCAGUGACUUACUUGCACUUUUGCACAUAGAUAUAAAGUAAAAUGAUGUUAUUAAUUUGGAUUAGUCUGUAAUACUGCAAAGCAAUGGUAAUUUAUAAAAGGAGUGUAUAGUAGUAUACUGACUGCUAAGUGUACUGUACUGUUUGCUUUACUAAUCACCUAAUUCAUUGCAGUUCAUACUUAUUGACUCAAAAGUUUAAAACCACAAUCUGUAGGCUUUAAGAGUUGCUUUUUAAACCUUUUUUAAGUGAUAAACUCUGAAAGUUAAGGUUAGCAAAUACUUGUCAGUAUUAAAUGUGGCAUUAUUUAAGUAGUCCUGCUGCAAGAAAGGCACUUCAGUGAAUAUGUGACUAGUAAAGCUCAGCUACGUCUGGUUCUAAUAGAGCUCAUGAGACACUGUGACUUGGGGACUGUAAAUGAAGGGAUGAAGUAGGUGGAAGGCCAACCUGUUUGAAAUGAAUGCAAUAUUGAUAGAUGCAUAUAUACAUGGCAUACUACAGUUAAUUUUAAAACUACUGUGCCUUAACGUGUUUCUUAAGCUUUUGUAGUAAGUGAACAUUUGAGAUCCAUUUUGAUAAACCUGCUGUCGAUGUUUCCCUUAUGUAUGUUUUCUAACUUUGUCUUGGUAAUUGCAAUUUAACUAGGUGCGGUGGCUACUAAAGUUCGAAGGCACGAUAUGCGUGUCCAUCCUUACCAAAGGAUUGUGACCGCAGACCGAGGUUAGUUUAGUUCUGCAGUUCUUGUUUAUAAGCAAUGCGCUGGGUGUCCAUCAAGUUUGCAACACCACACCUGAUGGAAAGAUGUAACUGUUUACCUGCACACCAUUCUUUUCCUUCCCUAAUUAAUUUAAUAAUUGAUUGAUUGAAGGUUGGUUUUGUGGUUUUGUUUAUGAUUUUUUUUUUGUUUUGGUUUGGGUUUUUACCCCUCCCCUUUAUAUUUUAAUUUAUUAAGUCUUCUAUUACAUAUCCUAAGAUUUAUUCCAGUUAAAACAUAAAUUAGUCAAUUUGAGGAGCUAUUAAAUUUUAUAUUUACCGUGGCAAUUUUUAGUAUUAAUUAUUGCUAAAAUUUACCCUUUAAUUGUUCUGAAUAUUUGGGUUGGUACUGCAGAAUGAAUUGAACAGAUUAUGUUUUCAUGAGAGAAGUAAAGGAAUUUGCUUCUGUGUCAUUUUUAGAGAAAACUAAAGAUUUAAUUUCCAUUUUUCUAUAUAGUAAAACAUUGAGCCACUGUGUAAAUAUGAGGGUAUACAUGUCAAGUACUUAGCUAAAAUUAACAGUCAGGACUGUGAAAUAAUUUUCAUGUAGGUGGAUACUUUUUAUGAAUUAGAAAAUGAGUUCCCUCUUGUUCUAUUUUCUUGCCAAAAUGGAUUCUUUGAUUUUUGUCAUUUGCUGCUAAAAUAUAGUACCUGAAGGUAAACUAUCCUGAAGUUCUGUGGUAUGUGAGAUCCAGCUGUUUGGAUAUCCUUUUUGACUAACCUGUGACUGGAAAACAAGUCUUCAUUUUUCUCACUUUCAUAUUUGAAACUUGUGCUCUAUAUAUGCCCUUGGACCCAUUUUAAAGUUAUUUAUGCUUAUUUGAGGAAUGGUAGUUUCGGUUUUUUGACAUUGAAUUGUUUUUUACUUUUUUUGUGUGGUGGUUUUGUUUUUGUUUUUAAUUGCAAGAUUGGAAUCCCAAGCAUAGUAGAAAAGGACCUAGCUCACUUGACAUGGUUACCUUGAAUACCCAUCAUAAAUAUUGGACACACUUGUUUUGUGUAUUAGAAAUAAAAUGCCUUUCCAAAGACAUUUAUGGUAUUUAUAUAAUAUCAUAUAUACUGAAAACUUUGGCUAAUGUAUACAUUUUUCUGUAGUGGUUAUUCAUUAUUAAACAAAAUAAAUCCUUACCUGUGGGAACAUCUAUAAUAAUAAUACUCCAUGCAGUUGUUGCAAGUGUGAGUGUAUUAACCAUUCUGUCAGAAUCACCGAGAGAUAGGAAGUUAGAUGGGGGAAGGUCACUUUAGUUGUGGGCAGUCUUACAAGUAAUUGAAGCUGUAUCAUACUGCUAAAGUCUAAAUUAAUUCUCUUACAAAGUGUUUUGAUUUUGAAGUAAUUUUUCUUAUUAGGUUUUCUUUCCCUGUGUUCCUCUUAGGAGAUUUUCUAUAAUUUUGUUAACACAAUAAUCCUUUCUCACUUUGUACUCCAGAGCCUUCAGGUAGUUGAAAAUAUUAGACCAAGAUCUUACUAUGUUUGGAAAAUGACAACACAUUCCAUACAUGGCUCAUCUGUAGCUGUGUUUAUUUUGAUUAGUUAUAUUUGUAUUUGAAAUGCAAUGUCAGCAAACCGAAAUGCCCUCUCCCUCUCCCUCCCUUCCUCUUUUCUUUUUCUAGAGACAUCGCUUAUGCUUACUAUCACCACAUGUACUCAUUGGGUCUAAGGGAGAUGACCGAAGUCCUUGACUUACAUUAUUUUAUGAUACUACUGUUUUCUCUAUUUUUUUUAUUUAAAAAAAAUCUUUUAAAGAUUAUUAUUAGCAUUCAUUUGAUGCAAGGACACAGCCCAAGGACACACAACCAUGUAACUAUGUGUGAGCAUUUAAAGUGGUUGCUUACUGAGAACAAACCCACCUCCAUGCUUAUUUCAAAAUCGGCUUGAAACUUAAAGACCAACUGACUUGUAACCAAUGAUGAGUGAUUUUGCACAGUUGACAUACCCAUGUGCACUGUAGGAGGCUAGGACAUGGCAGAGGAUGAGUCUAGAUGGACUGAAUAUGAUGGUUUCUUUGUUAAAUAUUCUACACUCAAACAUAAUCAGAAAUUAUCCAAGUCAUGAUCUGAUCAAAACCAUUGCUUACACAAAUUAAAUUUUGGAGAGCAGCAUUUUUAUUUUUAAAUUUUAAAUAAAAUUCCACUUCCUUUUAAGAAAUUCAGGGAAGAUUUGAUUAUAUUGAAGAUACAGUAUUUUUGUAGUAUUUAUAAACUGUCCUAAUUGAUAAACUAUAGAAAACAUUUUGUCAUACAAAGGUGAAUAAGUCUAUUAUAGAGAACAUUUAAACCCUGUGAACAUUACCCCACUAGGUUUUAUUAUGAAGUGGCAUCGAAUCUAAGUUUGCACUGAGCAUCUUUUCAUUCACGUCUCUCCUGCCUUUGUUACAAGGGCAACAGGACAGAAUUCUUCUGUCCAACCUCAGAAUAUAGUAGAAAUAAUGAAGCUGUUGAAUGAGUCUUACAAAUCAUACUACUGUUAAGUGGACCAAGUUUGGUGAAGUGGAAGGUGACAGGUUGAUUAAGAAGGAGCUACUCAAGGACAUUUGGAGGGAUAACUUUUCCACUUGAGAACUACUUUAUGUUUUACUGUAAUUUUUUUUUAAUUUUUUUGUUCUUUUUUUGUUACUUUGCAAAAGAAAAUAGUAUUUACAGGUGGCUUCUUUUAAAAUAUAAAAAUAUAAAGCAGGAAUGUAUAUGAAAUGUCAGAUUUUAUUGUAUUUGCAGAGUAUUAGCUUUGAAAUUGAAUAAAGAAAGCUGUUUGUAGUUUUAAAAUGCCUUAUUGGUAUCAGUUAGAAAUUUCUUCUAUUUUUUAUGUACUUAGAGUUCUUUGAGGUAUAGAGUUUUAAAUGGCAGGAUUUUACAGUGUUUACAUGCAAGUGCAUUUUAUAAGUGUUCUAUAUGUGUAAAUUAGUAUUUUCAACUGGAAAGUGUUGGCUGGUGCAAAAGGCCUGGCCUUUUUCUGGUUCCCAUGAUGUUGCCUACACUGCUAGACUACAGUAUUGCUUUGUAUCAUGAGGCCAAGAAAUUCCAUGUUGUUUGUAAAUAGAAUAAUUGAAAAAGCAAUAAACAUUUAUUGGACAAAAGAAA